AUGAUAGUGAUGAGGAGUCUACAAGAAGUUAAUUUAUUAGAUAAUAAAUCAAUUACAAAUUUAAGUCUUUCCACCUUAGAUUAUGACGAUUUAUAUACUUCACCAUACAACCAUGUACCACAUUGGGCUUAUAUUUCAAAAAAUAUCAUUCGUAGUAGACAUUGA